GUAUUAGUUGGUAAUAUGACUGAAACCGAAGAGUUCAGCCAGCAAAAGCCUGCGAAAACGAGCAAGCAGCAUAAUAUAUUACCGAUAUGGGGUAAUGAACAAACUAUGAAUCUGAACCCUCUAAUCUUAGCAAAUAUUCAAGGUUCUAGCUACUUCAAAGUGCACCUUUUCAAGUUGAAGACUUACCAUGAGGUAGUAGACGAGAUCUACUAUCAGGUGAAGCACUUGGAGCCGUGGGAGCGCGGCAGUCGCAAGACCGCCGGCCAGACCGGCAUGUGUGGCGGCGUUCGAGGAGUAGGUGCUGGUGGCAUUGUCUCCACAGCAUUCUGCCUACUAUACAAGCUGUAUACACUAAGACUAACCAGAAAGCAGGUCAAUGGCCUGCUGCAGCAUUCUGACUCUCCGUACAUCCGAGCCCUUGGCUUCAUGUACAUCCGGUACACUCAGCCCCCAGCAGACCUGUUUGACUGGUAUGCAGACUACCUAGACGAUGAGGAAGAGGUGGACCCUCGCGCUGGUGGUGGCGGCACUACCACCAUAGGCGCGCUCGUACGUCAGAUGCUCAUUAAACUGGACUGGUUCAGCACCCUCUUCCCUCGCAUACCUGUGCCUAUUCAGAAACAGAUUGAGCAAAGGCUAGCAGAGCACAACAGACAGACUGCAGCGUCCAAGCCUCCGCAGAGAAGCGGUGCCGGCUGCGCUGCCGGUGCCGGUAGCGCCAGUAACUACAAUCCGUCGCGCACCGAACCUGAUCGCCGCGAACACGACGACAGAGAUAGACGUGACUACGGUGACACAGACAGAUACUCAAAAGACAGAUUCAAACGAGAGGAAAGAGAUCGCGAUAGGGAAAGAGAGCGUGAACGUGACAGAGAACGCGAUCGUGACAGACGGGUGCGCUCGAAGGACCGAGACCGCGAGCGUGACCGCGAAUACCGCGAUCGCCAUCGUCACCGCUCAGUGUCACGAGACCGCGAUCGCCCGAGACAUCGAUCACGCUCGCGUGACCGUCGCUACAGAUAAUGAUUACAAAAAUCUCCCAUAGAGUGAUUGUUUGAUUUUCAAAUAUAAAUUGCUAAGAAUUGU